UGCCGGCCUCGGCCGCGAUCAUUUAGUUUGGGUCUCUCGAGCAGUCAAGGGCGCUUGUGUGCGGAUGCGUCGCGCUUCCUGCAUCAAGCGAGAAACAAUAGCGGAGGGACACCGUUAGACACAAAGAAAAAAAAUCGUCGACGAAACGCUUGUUGCGUUGCAGGUCGUGCUACUCCACCUCCGCGUUCGGAGAGCUCAUUGGCUCAGUUCGCGCUAGGCUGCGUAGCAGACGACGUCUCGCUUCUGGUCGUCUGCUAGACAUGUUGUGUUCGUCUGCUAUGUGGGUGAAAUUCGCUUGGUGAGGUACUGUGCAUAAACGCACCUAAGUGUAUCAUCGGCUUGUCAGCUGUCGUCUGUUUACAUCUCAUUAGCAGACGACUUGCGUUGUGCGUCUUCUCGUCAUCGUGUUGCAGCUUGCAAGGCCGUGUCAGUUUCGGAGAAGGAAACUUUGUAAGAACAACAACAACAGUAGAUGAUGACGAUGAGAUGGGGUGUUUCACCGCGGUGGUGAGGUACUUUGGGUAAGGGAAGGUUAGCCAUCACAGGAGACAUCACAGCCAUCACAGGUACAUGACGCCGCGACUGGAUCCCGGAGUUCUGUGACUGUUCCAAUGCAUCACCUGUCAUGGGCUGUUGUGGAGAUGAAGGAUCUAAAGUACACUCUUCAGACGAGCGAAGAACAUCGGCUGUGGACGUGUUUGUGGAAUACAACGGACCGGUGAAGGACAGAAGCUGUACAGACGUAUUGUGGCUCCUCGUCUUCAUCGCCUUCUGCGUGGCCCUGGCGUACAUCCUGGCCAUAGCUGUCCUUCGCGGAGACCCGCUCCGUAUCGUCAAUGGGAUGGACAACUACGGCAAUACGUGCGGCGUCCGGAACGAGGACAAAGUACCCGACGUCCCACUGUCCGGAAAAGACAUGACGAAUCUCUCACUGCUUGUUUUGCAAGACGCAGUUGGAUACAAACGGUACUGCAGCGACAGGUGCCCCAGCGGAUAUGUGUUGACUCCUUUCCGGCGUUGUGUUCUCAACAAUCAUCCCAUCACAAUAGCUAGUCAAGCCAUCAACAUCAGCAGUUCAUUUUUUGAGGAAGCAGCUGAGGACCUUUCAGUGUGCUGGAGAGAGCUCAUCUACAUGUGCCUUAUAGCGUUAGGUCUGACAAUUGUAGUAUUGAUACUGAUGCGCUUUUUUACUGGACUCAUAGUAUGGCUCAUCCUCUUUGUGAUAUCGCUCGCCUGUAUAGGGUGCACGGCUUACUUGUGGUUCCUGUGGUAUGUUAAGCGUCGCGACUAUCCAAAACUACCCGACGAUGAUCCUCGAAAACACUCGAAUGAGGUUUCCUAUUGGCUCUACGGUUCCAUUGCUGCGACAGUGGUCACGGUCAUAAUUCUUCUCAUCAUUUUAGUCAUGAGGAAAAGAAUUCAGUUGACUGCAGCACUGUUUGGUGAAGCUGGUAAAGCUUUGACUGCGAUGCCUCUUCUAUUCUUUCAACCUAUAUGGACUCUAAUCUUCUUGUGUGUUGUCGUCUUGGGUUGGGUUGCCGGUAUGCUGUACAUCUCAACGGCUGGCCAUCCUGCCCUGGAUCGCGCUACGGGACUCGUCUACCUCAAGAAAGACAGUUUGCUCCUGGUGGCCCCGUGGUUUCACUUGAUGGCUCUCUACUGGUUGACGCAGUUCAUUGUCAGUUGCCAAUACGUAGUUAUUGCUGGUUCCACUGCCACCUGGUAUUUUACCAGGAAUAAGAGCGAAUUAGAUUCGCCGAUUUCGACGAGUUUGUACUACCUUGUACGGUACCAUUUAGGCUCUGUGGCUCUCGGUUCGUUCCUUGUGGCCCUUGUCAAGUUGAUUAGGGCCAUUCUCAACUUUCUGGAGAAGCAGUUGAAGACGAGGUUUGAAUCGUGUACUUUUCUUCUGAAGAUGUGCCAGUGUUGCCUGUGCUGUUUUGAAAAGUUUUUGAAGUUCCUCAACCGGAACGCCUACAUACUUGUAGCAAUCCACGGCUACUCGUUCUGCAAAGCAGCUCGAGAAGCAUUCACGCUGCUCACCAAAAACUGUCUCCGUGUGGCGGCCAUUAACUCCGUGGGAGACUUCAUCAUAUUCAUGGCCAAAGUCGGGGUCAUCGUCGGGACGGGGUUCGCUGGCUACGAACUGAUUAAGUUAAAAGUCGAAGUCCUCCACUACAUCUGGGUUCCUCUCGUGGUCGGUGGAAUAUUUGCGUUUUUGAUCUCACAUUGCUUCCUUUCCGUUUAUGAGAUGACGAUAGACACGUUGUUCCUGUGCUUCUGCGAAGACUGCGAGACCAACGAUGGCGUCACCCGUCCCUACUUCAUGAGCGCAAACCUCAUGGCAUUUGUGAAGAACAGUGAGAGGGCCAUCAGAGCUGAUUCCAAGCGAAAGCAAGGGAACGACACUUGAGGCUCCUUUAAUGGGGUUGCAGUCAGGCUUUGAUAGAUUUCUUCUUCUACGGUUAGUCGACGAGAUAGAAGAAACGAACACCGAACAGAAUUGCGCUGUUCCAGAUGAGCUUCAGUAUUGGCGGGGCGGAUUUGUUAUGCGUCCUAUUGUCCCCUUCGACCGCGUUUAUCGGGCAUAGCUUAGGGCGAAGUAUCGCAACCCAGGGCCUAGUAUUUAUUGUAUUUUUAUUUUCUCAAACCGUGUCUGCUGAUAGUAUAAAUGAACUGAUAAGAGGGAAAAAAACAAGAGUCUGUGCAGCAACGCACAAAUGUUAGCUGACACGUUUGUAUAUGUAUAUAUAUAUAUGAGAUAUAAUUUCACUCCUUUUUUUACCUGUCUCUUCUCAUUUUUCUUUCAAACCCUCACGCGAGCACACGCAAAGAAAAUUGAUAUUUGGUGGCUUAACGUCAGGAGACACGUAUGAUGGUGAGCAACGCCACAGCGGUCGGUUUGGCGGAUAAAUUUUGCAGCAAUUUUCCAUCAUGUUGCUGGCGUCCUCGGUUGGGAUUGAACCUGCAGGCGAAAACGCUACCAACUAUUCCACCGAGGCCGACCCCACUCAAAGGGACUGUCGCAUCAUGAUAAUUCGUGCCUUUACGUCCCGAGACAACUGUGAUCAUGAACGACGCCAUAGUGGUCAAGUCUGUGGAUCCCACCUGAGGGUUCUUUAACGUCAUAGGACUUUCGUCCUUGUUGUAAAGGGGCUGAUUAUUUCAUUCCCCUCAUCACCACCAGCGAUGGGAGUAGAGUACCGCCCCCUGGCGAUGAAACUCCCCAUUUCCCCACCUCGAAAUAAAGUUGUUGUUGUUUUAUAAUCAAAAAUAAUUCAAUAAAUAUAUUUGUUUCCGC